AAAAUCGACCAGUCAGCAACAAUUUCUGCUAACUUAGCCCGCGAGCCCGCUUAGCCCGCACAUUCGGACAUAAAGCGCGGCCGACUCUUAAAGACCAUCCCCCUGGUCAAUUUUUCACUUGAGACUUGACUGGGGUUCCCAAAAUAAAGUUGCCGGAUCUAAACCGCAACAUCACAUAAUCGUCACGCCCUUAAAAAGCUCGGUUCACUCUACCGCAUUAUUAAUCCCAGUUCCCAGUUCCCAGUUCAGAGUCACACAUUUUUAUCCCAUCGAAUUUAUCGAAUAGUUCCUGGAUCCCUUUUUAUUCUCCUCUCUUCCCCCCUCCUUCUACUCUGUUUGGGUUUCUAUUUAUCUGGAUCUUUUGGAGACUCGAAGUCUAGUUUCUAGUUUUGGAUUUCCAUAAUUGGCCACUUAUAGAUCGACACCUCUGCAUUUACAUAUAUCAGAGACCCAGUCUGCACUUACACAACCACAUUUAUACCAGCACACUUACACCACACUCACCUGCGUAACAUAUUACCCCCUUUGUGUCUUGGUAUCACACAAGUGUCGCCUAGUUGACAAAGAAAUUAUCGAAAUGGAUAGCGGGAUGCCAACGCCUCCCGUGGAGGACAAUAUCAAACCUUCGACGUCGUCGAGGAGGAGUACAUCAUAUAACAGCAAUAAGGUAGUGAAGCCUAUACAUCGAGGUGGAAAGCGAGCAACCAGUCAUUCCUCACAUUCUCCCACCCAUGAUCACCCGCCGCCUCUCUCCCCACACGCUAUCGACAACAGGCAUAAGCGAGUUUGGAAGGCAUGUGAAAGAUGUAGGAUGAAGAAGACCAAGUGUGACGGAGAAUUUCCGUGUAAGAGGUGUAAGGACGAUGGUUUGGUAUGUACAGCUGGUACACGAAAGAAGACCGAGUACAAGCAAUUACCUAGAGGAUAUGCUGAGGUCCUGGAAAACACUCAAUUCGCAUUAAUUGCCACGGUCCACAAAUUAUAUGCUAUGGUCAGGAAUGGACAACCUUGGGACUUAGGAGAGCCGGAGCUCAAUGAUAGGGGUCAACCUGUCAUUCACAACAUCGCGACCAAGCUAGGAUGUAUUCGACCCAACGCAGACGCCGACCUCCCACCCCACUCAGUAUUCCCUGAGGACGAAGCGGGCUUAGCAAAGUUAGCAGCCGAGUUAGAUGUUCAGCAAAGAGAAAGGGAAAAGGAAACACAUACUACAGAACAACGAUCAGAGACGGAAUCGAAUUGUACGAGGACGGACCGCGCGAGCUCUUCGGAGCUUGACCACUCAGACUUCGAGCAAGAUUAUAGGAAAGUGAUAUUAGGGAACCAGAACUUGCAAACCAUGUCGCCGCAAAGCUUUACGUCAUACGAUGUCGAUAUGAAGUCUAUGCCAUCUGACGUCGAUUCGACAAGUCUUUUCGCCGUCCAAUCGCCUACCGUUCCCACAUCUUACCCGACGUGGAAUAUGAGCAGACCUAGUUCUAUGGAUUUAACGCCGCAAUACAUGCAGGGUAUGGAUAUGGACAUGGCGGAAAUGAUGCUCAGCCAAGGGCUUGUCGAAUCCGAAUUUGGCACGAUCAAGCCUCACAUGAUACAAUGUCCGAAUCCCGAAGUUAUGCUAGGCGUCGGAGACCCGAUGAUCUAUUCCGGUUACAAUAUGGAAUCGUUACGAUCAUAAUGAUGUACUGGGGGGGCUUUUUAGGAGUAUAGAGGAAUAUUUUGGGAAUUAUCUCA